GGCCCGCCCCCCGCCCUACCCAAGAUGUUUGGAUCUAACUCCCCCCCCCUUUGUUUCCGCAGCAGCUUCUCUGACUCCCGCCCGGCUAGAUUUGGGAUCUGACCCCACCCCCACCCCAAUUCCAAGGAGAGCAGCCCCCAGAGCCCCCGAUUCAAACCGCUGCGGUGGGGCGAGAGCAGAGAUUAUCCUCGGCUGCCCCUCUCUUUGGGGACGCCCCCGCCCAGGUUCAGCCGCUUCCCAAGCUGAGUCGGAGUCAAGAGGCUUUAAUAACCGACAGCGGGAGGGAGGGCGGAGGAUCGUGCCCCAACAGCAGCGCCUUCCUCGGAUUCGGCAAAAGAUUCCUUCACAGCGGCACAAUCCUCCCCUCUCUCUCUUAACACACACACACACGCACACACAGUUAGCAUUCCUAGCACGCCUGGCGACCCCCACAACCAACCGCACACGUGUCCAGGUCAGGAGAAAGCUGAAGAGGGCCCCUGGUGCCGCCCCCGGCGGCCCCCCGCAGAGUCUCUCUCCUCCUAGGGCUCACACGAGCACCCUCAGCCUCAGUCCACCACCUGGCCUCAGGACGCCUCCGCUUCUUCCAUUUACACGUGCCCAAGGCCGCCCCGCCUUCCAGUCCCCCACGCAGCGAAGGCAACCUUCUCCGCAGGCCGGCGAGGAAUCAGCUGGGAACUUGCGGGAAGGAAGGAGGCAAGCGGGGGAGGGAGGCGGAGGCAGCCGUGGGGACGGGCUGAUCGGCCUCUGGGUUCCUCGGAGGCUGGGACCCUGGCAGGCACCCGUGGGCGUGAAGGAGCAGCUGCCCAACAAGGCAAGCCUCCAGCAGAUCAUCGGCGUUCUGGUUCCGCGGAGAAGGUGAGCGGAGAAGAAUACUCUCUGAAGAAAGGAAAACCUAUGUUUCUGAAAGGCAUCUAAGAAGAUAAAAGAUUGCCUUCUUCCUGGAUCAGGCCGUGCCGGAUGCAUCCAGCCCUGUUACCCAGAUGCCACCAAGAAGUUCACAAAGAGGCGUUAAAGGCAAUGGCCUCCCUCAUCCUGUGGUUUGUGCCCAAUGCCAGUUAAUUCAAAGGUGAACAGUAAGGGCUCCGUGGUGCUCAGCGUGCGCUGCCGUGGCCUGUGGGGUGAAUGUGUGUGGGAUAAAUUUGUCAAGCUCUGGACCUGCGAUGUCUUCAGCUCUUACCUCAAUCCACAUCCUGCAGCCAUCGUUGUCACCAGAGCCUCCCUCAUCACAGCAGCCAUCACCAGCGCCGGCGCCUUCCUCUGCCUCUUGAUGGGAUGCCGGCACUUCGGGGGCUGCCAGGAGCCCCCCAGCAAGCGGCGCUGUCUCUGGCUCUCUGUGGGAUUCUACCUCUUGGCAGGCCUUUUGUCCUGUGUCGGAGUAGCCCGAUACUGCGUGUACGUGUUCUCCCAGCACCAGUACGAGGUCUCUCUGCGCAUCCCUGGAUUCCCGAGCUUUGAGUACGGAUACUCCCUGUGGAUGGCUGUCGCAGGCAACCUGGCUGCCAUCACUGCAGCCAUCACUUCAUACCACCAAGUUGUACUCAGCAAGGCUCCCGAUACAAGCCCAGCCACGGAGCCUGCUGGGAAUGGCAUCCGGACCACCCACACCUAUGUGUGAGGGAGGGGAUGUUCUCGCCGUAGUCUGUGGCACUGGAAUCAAGGCACCGCUGGCAGAUAUUAGGGGUUGUUUUAUGCAUCCGAUCUAACAGGUCUUGUGGCUAAUUUCAUGGGAGGCCUGUGGAAACAAACAUAGCAUGCUACUUCUUCUGGGCUGGGGCUUGUCCUCACAUCCACUGGGACCUUGGAGAUGCUCAGAGAAAGCUCAUUCUGAUGUCAGAAACCAGACUCUGGGCAGCAUUAGUGACAUGCACACAUUUUGGUUGAUUACUGCAGGCAAAUGUAUAGACCCUUGCAAUUUAAUAUACUAUUGGAAUAUAUAUAGGGGCAUAAGAAGCUGCCUCCUACCGAGUCAGACCAUUGGGUCAUCUAGCUUAGCAUUGUCUACUCUGACUGGCAGCAGCUCUCUAAAGUUUGAGGCAGGGGCCUUUCCCAGCCCUACCUGGAGAUGCUGCCAGGGAUUGAUCCUGAGACUUUCUGCAUGCCAAGCAGAUGCUCUGCCACUGAGCUACGGCCCCUAGGGGUGUGCACGAACCGGUUCGUCGGAGGCCCUUUUACGGGCCUCCGAACCGGUUUGAAUGUCUGGCAGUUUGGUAUGUAUGGGAAACAAACUAUGGUAUGUUUCCCAUAGUCUGGGAGACAUCCCAGCGGGGAUUCAAACCAGCAACCUCUGGCCAUUUCCCAAUAUUGCCCAUUGAUCUUAGGACCAUCUUCUGGGAUGGAACCCAAAGCAAAAUGCCACAGACCUGGAGGGAAAGUUCCAAACUGCAGUUCAAUGGAAAUAUAAACAAAACUUUGUAUAUCCGAAACUUUGUACAUGUGUGUGGCAACAUAUGAGAAAUAUUAAUGAUGUAAAAGAUUUUGAAUCAGUUAAAGGUUACCAAGCUAAUCCAUUUCAAUGAUGUUUUCCCGAAGAAAGUUUCUUGGUUUCAAAUGUAAUCAGCUCAGCUAAUAAGAAAUAAAAAAGACCGCUCAGAUUUUCUUCAGUAUUGCUUGAUGCAUUGCCGUAUAUAUUUGCUCUGGAGUUAUUUUCUGCAUGUAUCCAAACAAACCUCUUUGUUAUAAUACUGUUUAUUCCUGAUUAUUCAUAUGUCUUUCCUUGCUGUGUGUUUGUAUACUGUGAAAUGCAAGUGUUUCAAAACAAAACAUGGCAAAUAUGCAACACAAUAAAAAUGUUUAGUGUUUCAGUUACGUUCCUAAACAUGGCAGACCACAUUAGGUUGAAAUACUCACAGUUACCAUCAGUCAUAGAACUGCAGGAGCGUUGUGUUGUAUAACCCAGCAC